AUGUCUGUUGAUCCAAUUACUUGUCAUAUAUUAGAUACCACAUUAGGAACACCAGCUUCUGGUGUCAUUGUUCAAUUGUUUCAUAUAUCUAAUGAUCCUUUAUUAUCUUCAAUAUCUGAAGACACAACUACAACCAAUGGUAAACAUUUUGCAAUGGCAAAGACUGAUAAUGAUGGACGUAUUAAACAAUGGAUAAUUAAUCCAAAUGGAGAUUUCCAAAAUCUAGGAAUCACUAAAAAUAGUAGCAAGAAUAAUCAUCAAUCAUGGAAUAAUUUAAAACCAGGCAUAUAUAAAGCUAAAUUUUUAACUGGGAAAUAUUUCUUACUGUUAGCUCAAAAUCAACAAGGAUCGACUAGUGGUGGUGACGGUGGUAGAACAUUUUUCCCAUUUGUUGAAAUUUCAUUUAUUAUUGAUAAUCCACCAGAUAAUCAUUAUCAUAUUCCUUUAUUGUUAAGUAAUUAUAGUUAUACUACUUAUCGUGGAAGUUAA